CGGCCCAGGAGGUCACUCGCACUUCUGGGGUCUCCCAAAGUCAGGGCCUGUACACAGGAAAUGCAACCCCAGCGCGUGGGACCCAGACCUGGGAUGGGACCAACCUGCCUGGGAUGCCGCUAUCGCAGACCCUAUUCACCAAUCAGAAACCCGAUAGAGACGUUAUAUCAAGGUACAUACUACUUGCACUUUAAGAACCUAGUCUAUUCCAACGGCCGGAAGAACACCUUCUUGUGCUAUGAAGUGAAUAGGAUGGAGUGUGGUGUACCUGUCCCCCUUUGCCAAGGGGUCUUUAGAAAAGAGAAUGGCGGCCUCCAUGCUGAAGAAUGCUUCCUGUACUGGUUCCACACCCACAUACUGGAAGUGUUUCCUCCCAAUGAAAAGUACAAGAUUACCUGGUAUACCUCCUGGAGCCCCUGCGAUGACUGUGCGGAGCAGGUGGCCAGGUUCCUGGACACUCACCGCAACCUGAGCCUGGCCAUCUUCAGCUCCCGCCUCUACUAUUUUUGGCACCCGAACUACCAGGACAAGCUUCGCCGGUUGCAUCAGGCAGGAGCCCAGAUGGCUGCCAUGGAUUUUCCAGAAUUUGAAAAGUGUUGGGACAAAUUUGUGGACAAUGAUGGCAAGUCAUUCAGGCCUUGGAAGAAACUUGAAACAUAUUUUCGGUACUAUGAAAAAAAGCUCUGUGAAAUUCUCAGCCCAGAGAGUCUGCUGACAGAAGACACAUUCUACUUACAAUUUAACAACAGGCACCGGGUCCAACCAGUCCAGCACCGCUACUACCGAAGGAAGACCUAUCUAUGCUACCAGCUGGAGCAGUGCAGUGACCAAGGGCCACUCAAAGGCUGCCUGCAAAACAAGAAAGGUAAACACGCAGAAAUCCUCUUCAUUGAUGAGAUGCGUUCCUUGAAGCUGAGUCAAGAGCGGAUCACCUGCUACCUCACAUGGAGCCCCUGCCCGAACUGUGCCCAGGAACUGGCUGCAUUCAAAAGGGAUCACCCGGGCCUAGUCCUGCGCAUCUAUGCCUCCCGUCUCUACUUCCACUGGCGGAGGAAGUACCAGGAGGGGUUGUGUUCUCUGUGGCGAUCAGGGAUCCAGGUGGACGCCAUGGACCUCCCACAAUUUACUGACUGCUGGAUAAACCUUGUAAACCCCCACGGGCCGUUCAGGCCAUGGAAGGAUCUGGAGAAAAACAGCAGGAGCAUACAGAGACGGCUCUGGAGGAUCAAGGAGUCCUGGGGUCUGCAAGACUUGAUGAAUGACCUUGGAAAUCUACAACUUGGACCCCCAUUGUCCUGAAUGGCAAGAAGAGAUUCAAGACAGUCUCUAGCGUGUCUUUUGGCUUCCAUCCCAACACCAGAUCCAGAAGACUUUGUUCUCUUCCUGUUUUUGGUUUUUGGUUUUGUUUUGGUUGGUUUUUUGAGACAGGGUCUCACUGUGUAGUUUGCUACUCUGGAACUCACUACUAAACCAGGCCUGUCUGAAACUCAUGGAGAUCCACCUGCCUCUGCCUUCUGAGUACUAGGAUUAAGGCAUGCUCCACCAUUCUGGGGAUUGCCCACCAUCCCAGAACUUUCCUUCCUCUCUUAUAUUAUCGUUUUAUCUUCAGUUUUCAUUGGUAGGUGCUUAAUUUUGUAAUUGAAAAUUUUAAAUUGGACUGGGCAU